AACCAUAGGAAUGCGACACACUUUGUAUUUACAGCGCAGAGCCACAACACUUUGUUCUCUGUAUUGGAAGUUUUUUUUUUUUUUAGCACUAACGUUAAUCAUCUGCAAUCGUUGCCGUUCGGGUUAUUUUAUGGAGACGUAACGACGCUUCCGACGGGUUUAACUAAGUUGAAUUUCUUCGCGGAAACAACUUUGUUGCUGCAGGGAGUCUGUUUUUUUUUUUUUCCCUCGUCCUGAGCUGCGUUUCCGACAUGAGAUCAGGUGGAUAGUUUGUUGCUGCUGGCUAAAAGAGAACCUGGUAAUAAAAGUCUGAUGCUAGGCUGCAGCUGCCUCAGCCACCAUCAUGUUCACCAAAAAGAAGAAGUCUCGUAUCCAGAUCUCGGCUCCGUCUAACUUUGAGCAUCGCGUACAUACAGACUUCGACGAGCAGGAGCAGAAGUUUGUCGGGUUGCCGCGGCAAUGGCAGUCGCUCAUCGAAGACACGGCCAAAAGGCCCAAACCUUUCAUCGACGUGACUGUCAUCACUACUGUAGAACCGCGCAAGACAAUUGUACGGGGCAACAAGAUGGGAGUGGAUGGCUCUCUGACCUGGCUGUUGGAUGAGUUUGACACCAUGUCUGUGACUCGCUCCAAUUCCCUGCGAAGAGGCAGCCCUCCCAUCCAACCUCGCAGGGACUCUAGCUCUUCAGGAGGAGGAGGGGGGCAGGAGAAUGGAGAUCCUCACCACAGACACUACUCACACCCAGAGAGACAAGACAGAGACCGACCCAGACCAGAACACCAGAGCGGAGGUGACCCCCGGCAGGGUCAGCGUGCAGUCUGUCCUCCUCAGAGGGAUGAGGGAGUCCAGGGUCGGCCCCAGCAGCAGCCUCGUGGCCAAGAGCCCAGCAGGGCCCACAGGAACAAACCAGGGUCCGGCCCUCCCCCUCCCCCUCACAGAGACAGAGAGUCACGGGACCGAGACAAGGAGCAGGUGGUUCGCAGGGAGCAACCCAGUGAUCACAGGCCAAAGUCAAGCUACGUGAUGCGGGAUGGCAGCCCUCAAUCUCCCAGGGACAAGAGGCCUCUUUCUGGGCCCAACAUCCGCACCCCAAAUUUGCCGGUUACAGAGGGGGUGAUUAAGACUGCUCAACAGACCACACGGCCGUUUAACACCUACCCGAGGACAGACAGCGAGGGUGGCCGCAGCCCCACAGGACAGCCGGAUCGACACCAUGAGUCUUCCCCUCAAAAUGGCCCUUCCAGUGGCUCCACCCGAGGUUCCUCCAGCUCGAAGCCCCCUGUAAGCCACCCUCACCACACUUCCCACCCCAGCCUGACCCCUGAGUCCACCCAGCACCCACACACUCCUCACCCCAACAUUCCAGCUCCGCGGCCCCCUGUGCCCUCGGGGCCGCCGGUGUCGGGUGCUCCGUCUCAGGGCCGCUCACCACAGAGGGAGCCCCAGAGGGUUUCCCAUGAGCAGUUCAGAGCAGCGCUACAGAUGGUGGUGGAUCCCGGCGAUCCGCGGACCUACCUGGACCACUACAUUAAGAUAGGGGAGGGGUCCACGGGGAUCGUGUGUAUAGCCACAGUCAAGACCACAGGGAAACUGGUCGCCGUGAAGAAGAUGGACCUGAGGAAACAACAGCGCAGAGAACUCCUCUUCAACGAGGUGGUGAUCAUGCGGGACUAUCACCAUGAGAACGUGGUGGAGAUGUACAACAGUUACCUGGUGGGAGACGAGCUCUGGGUCGUCAUGGAGUUCCUAGAGGGGGGGGCUCUCACUGACAUUGUGACACACACCAGGAUGAACGAGGAGCAGAUUGCCACCGUGUGUCUGUCUGUCCUGAAAGCGUUGUCUGUCCUCCACACACAGGGUGUGAUCCACAGAGACAUAAAGAGUGACUCCAUCCUCCUCACUCACGAUGGUCGGGUGAAGCUGUCAGACUUUGGUUUCUGCGCCCAGGUGUCUAAGGAAGUGCAGAGAAGAAAGUCUCUGGUUGGAACACCAUACUGGAUGGCACCAGAGCUCAUAUCCAGGUUGCCCUAUGGACCAGAGGUGGACAUCUGGUCCCUGGGUAUCAUGGUCAUAGAGAUGGUAGAUGGGGAGCCACCGUACUUCAAUGAGCCGCCGCUCAAAGCCAUGAAGAUGAUUCGAGACAACCUGCCUCCCAAACUGAAGAACCUGCACAAGGUCUCCCCUGUGCUCAAGGGCUUCCUGGACAGGAUGUUGGUGCGGGACCCGGCUCAGAGGGCCACGGCCAGUGAGCUUCUCAAACACCCCUUCCUGACGAAGGCAGGCCCGCCGUCUUGCAUCGUCCCUCUGAUGAGGCAGAACAGGAUGAGAUGAGACGUGUGACGCUAAGACCUCCUGACUGAGGAGGGCGGAUGUACCUGCACUUGUGUGCAGGUCCAGACGGAACAGAAUACUCCUGCACACAGAGGAAUGGCCCUCAGAGGUCAGAGGUCACCGACGAGGUCCGUGCUUCAGGCAAAACUCUCGGAAAAGUGCUGUCAGCUGGGAAGUGUAAACUGGGUGUGCAGGAGUAUUCUAUUUUUCUUCUGUGAAUCACUGAACUGUGGGAAGUGUAUUCCUGAAUAAGAGGCAAUAAGGUUGUGUGUGUGUGUGUGUGUGUGUGUGUGUGUGUGUGUGUAAACAUAUGUUGCCAGUGCUGUUAAUGACGGUGUUUCAUGGCCCAUGCGUGUGUGUGUGUGUGUGUGUGAGCUCUCACCUGGAGUUGUGAAGGUGGAGUUCAGACACCAGAGAAGCCACAACUUGAUGAUGAAUUUUCAUCAUCGAGGUUCAGCGGAUUUCAUGUAAACACUUUGUUUUAAUUGAAGGGCCUGACCUGGAAAGGUUGAGGACUGUGGCUGUUUUUUAUUUUUCCAUUUGGACCUUACCUGGAUUUUAAGUGUGAAGGUUGGGUUUUGCACACCAAUUAGAUUCUUCUAAGGAGCUGAGAGCCUACUGGCUAAUUUUAGAAGUAGUCCGAGCGACAUUUUAAUCUCACUUUUGGACAGUCUGGAAGCCGAAUUUUAUUCACUACAAGGACUUCUCUUACAGAUGGAUCCCAGACUCAGACACUAUCCUCAUCACACCCAGAACUUACUACUGAGGGAGGAACUCUUUUGACUCAAAAAUGAGCCAGAUGGACUUUAUUUUGUAGCCAUAAAAAUACUAGCUUUCUGUUGUAAACAAGAAAACAUACACUAAAACAAAAGUUAAACA